AUGAAUCUAUUAUUAAAAUUAAUUCGAAUCAUUCAAUUGUAUUAUAUCAUUGUAUGUUAUCAAAUUAUUGAAUUGAAUCAUAUUGUUGAAAAUUUAUAUUUAUCUACUUCUAUAUCAUAUUCUUCAUUUAUUAUUUAUAAUCUUUCUGGUCUACCUGGACAAGGAUAUUAUAUGACAGUUUAUAUUGGUAAACCAAAUCAAAAGAUACGAUUACUUGUUGAUACUGGUAGUAGUAACUUGGCAAUUGCUGGUAGAAAUUUAACAAAUGUUGACAAUUGGUUUAAAUCUACUAAAUCAUCUACAUUAAAAUGUAAUGACCAUUUAAUUCAACAUGUACAUUAUUUGAAAGGUUAUUGGUCUGGUAUUUAUUGUCAAGAUGAAUUUGAUUUUACAAAUAAACAAGAUACAACAAUGAUCAAUCGUUAUUCAAUUAAUAAUAAUAAUAAUAAUAAUAAUAAUAAUAAUAAUAAUAAUAAUAAUAAUAAUAAAAUUCAAAUGUCAUUUAGUUUAAUUUUUAAUUCAACUAAAGUAUUUCUAUCACAUACUAAUAUUACAUGGUAUGGAAUUAUUGGAUUAGGAUUUAAUUCAAUUUAUAUAAAACCAAAAUCAAUAAAAAAUAAUAAUAAUAAUCAAAUCAAUUUAUUGAUUAAUUGGAGAAAUCAAUUAAUGAAUCAAAUAAUCAAUAAUAAAAAUCAAUUAACAUAUUUAGAUCAAUUAAAUUCUAUAUGGAAAAUUCAUAAACAAUUUGGAUUAUUAUUAUGUGGAACUACAUUGUUCAACGAUCCAGAUAUGAAUUCACGAAAGAUGUCAGGCAAACUAAUCAUUGGUCGAACAGAUUUAAAUCUCCUCUUGCCAUCUACUUAUAUUACUAGUAAUAUAUCAUCAUCGAAAAUUCCAAGUUUUAACCCAUUAACAGUUUAUUACACGCCUAUUCGAAAAGCAUGGUAUUAUGAAAUAAUUCUGACCAAUCUUUUGAUUAAUGACUACAGUAUAGUAGAUAAUUGCAAAGAGUUAAAUUUAUAUAAAACAAUUAUUGAUAGUGGAACAACAAAUAUUUAUUUACCAAUGAAAAUUUUUCAACAAUUAAUUCAUAUUCUAUUUAUAAAAUAUAUAAUAAAUAAUAAACAAUAUAUAAAUAUAAUAAAUAAAAAUUUAUUUUGGCUUGGUAAAAAUGCUUAUUGUUUACCUAUCAAUAAUAAUAAUAAUAAUAAUAAUAAUAAUAAUCAUAAUAAUACUAAUCAUAAUCAUAAUAAAAUAUUAAAAAAAUUUUAUCGAUUAUUUCCAAUGAUUGAAUUUCAAUUAAUAUCAAGUAGAAAUAUAAAUAAUCAAGUCAUAUCUUUACUACUAUCACCUCAGCAAUAUGUUAGGUAUCUUGGUCGAAUAAAUCAAAAUAAUCAAAGUAGAGAUUGUUUUGCUUUUGCUAUACAACCAACGCAUAGAAAUACAAUAUUGGGUUCAGUAUUUCUUGAAGCAUACUAUACUAUAUUUGAUCAAGAAAAUAUGCAGAUAGGAUUUACUAAUUCACCAUGUAAUUCAUAUAUAAAUAAUUCAAUUCAAUUAAUAUCUAAAGUGAAUGGAUUAAAACAAUGGAAUAAAACUUAUAAAUUUAUUUCAUUAACUAAAACUUAUCAUCAAUUUAUUAAGAUUCAUAAUUAUUUAUCACCAUUAGAUUGUGGUGUUUAUAGACCAACACAUUCUAUACAAUUAUUGUAUUAUAAAAAAUUAUAUUCUAAAAUAUUUUGGUUAUCUUCAUUCAUAAAUUUUUUCUUAAUUCCUAUAUUUAUUUUAUUAAAAAUUAUAUAA